GCGUCACCCUCCCCCACCCGGCGGCUUUACCAGCGCCUCCUACUUAACAAGCUAGCCAGCUAGCCGCUGUAAAGGCGACCAGAGAUCUUUUAAAAAUACCGCUGAACAUUACAGGGCCUGCUGGAUGAUAUAUUUCAUCCAGGAAACACAAGAAACUGCCUUAAUGGGACGCUUGUUUGGCGUGUUUUACGACGCAAUGGCCAGCUAGCAGGCGGUCCCAAAGCUAGCUGGUUGGCUAGCCGGGGUAGGAGCUUCUGAGACCCUCAUCUAAUCACGGCUUUUUCGGCCUUUUUUAAAUUAGUUUCCGUGUCAUGCCAAGUUUAUUUUAACGGAGGUUUUAUAUGUAGGUUUGUUAGUUUGAAUUACCAAUGAAUUGUUUUCUUUUUUGAAUAUGUAGGUCACUGAACCCGACCAAUGAUAGUUAUUUGGGUCAUCCUCGGGUAUUAGCAGGAACAGCUGGUUAGCACGGUGGCUAGCUGUUUUUAUUUAUCAGUCAGUUUUAACGAAAAAUGCAAUAACUUUGAUGCACAUGCUUGUACAAGUAGAUAUAACUCUGCAGUCUGUGUGUCUGAGGAUAUCAUCGAGUGGAUUUUUUUUUUUUAAUAGUUUGGAGUCGUCGCUUGGCCAUCGUUAGCUGACUGAACUAGCCGGAGCCUGCUAGCAUCUGAGCAGCUACACUAAUUAACAAGGAAACUCGUGGAUCAUGCUGAGUUAGGAGUUGUGUUUCCUCCGCGCCCAGCCGGUUUGGUGCAGACAAAGUGUUUCUGGGGGUUUGGUGAGAGGAGGGAUGGCAUUUCACGGUGCCGGCAGGCAGACCGUUUGUGGAGACUUGUUCCCGGGCUCUGAGCUGGGCCACAAGUAUUUCUGUGUCAACUCUUCCUGCGGAGCCCCGUCCACCGGCCUUAGCGCCACGCCGUGCCUGACCGGACCCACUGCCCCAGCUGGGACGCCUCGUCACCCCACAGCUCUCGGAGGGAGCGCAGGCGGUGGAGCGGCGGUGCCUCAGCCCUACAGCAACCCGGCCAGCGAGGUGCCCAGCCCCGCUGAGAUGGAGCCAGAUCGCCCCAUCGGUUAUGGGGCCUUCGGCGUUGUCUGGUCCGUUACAGAUCCACGUGACGGUCGGAAGGUGGCUUUGAAGAAGAUGCCUAAUGUCUUCCAGAACCUGGUUUCCUGUAAGAGGGUCUUCAGAGAGCUCAGGAUGCUCUGCUUCUUCAAACAUGACAACGUUUUGUCAGCUCUGGACAUUUUGCAGCCUCCACAAAUCGACUGCUUUGAGGAAAUCUACGUGAUCACGGAGCUGAUGCAGAGCGACCUGCACAAAGUGAUCGUAUCUCCACAGCCACUCACCACCGACCACAUCAAGGUCUUCCUCUAUCAGAUCCUCCGGGGUUUGAAGUACCUGCACUCUGCUGGGAUCCUGCACCGAGACAUCAAACCUGGGAACCUGCUGGUGAACAGCAACUGUCUUCUCAAGAUUUGUGACUUCGGCUUGGCCCGUGUGGAGGAGCCCGACCCGUCCCGUCACAUGACCCAGGAGGUGGUGACGCAGUACUACAGGGCUCCAGAGGUGCUGAUGGGCUGCAGACACUACAACUCGGCCAUCGACGUGUGGUCAGUGGGCUGCAUCUUCGCUGAGCUGCUCGGACGGCGCAUCCUCUUCCAGGCUCAGAGCCCCAUCCAGCAGCUGGAUCUGAUCACAGACCUGCUGGGGACCCCUCCUCUGUCAGCCCUGUCGUCAGCCUGCGAGGGUGCCAGAGCCCACAUCCUGAGGGGGCCACACAAGCCGCCGUCGCUGUCGGUGCUGUACAUGCUGUCUGACGGAGCCACACACGAGGCGGUGCACCUGCUCUGUCGGAUGCUGGUGUUUGACCCGACUAAACGUAUCUCUGGCAGCGACGCCCUUUCCCACCCGUACCUGGACGAGGGGCGCUUGCGUUACCACACCUGCAUGUGCCAGUGCUGCUAUUCGGUGCCCAGCGGGCGAGUUUACACCCGGGACUUUGAGCCGGUUGCCGAGCGGCCGUUCAGCCACAGCUACGAGAACAGCAUGCUGUCCGUGUGGCAGGGCAAAGAGUUGAUCCAUCGCUUCAUCACGGAGCACCAGCAGGGCAAGCGUGUGCCGCUGUGCAUCAACCCUCAGAGUGCUGCCUUCAAGACCUUCAUCAGGUCCACCGCAUGGCACUCCUCUAAGGUGUCCAGGAAGGAGGAGAGAUGAACGUCCUCCUCUUCCUCCCGGGGCGCGACAGCAGAGUGUGAAAAAGGAUUUGAUCGCCCGUGAAAAUACUGAAGAGUUUGGGUCUUCUCCUUUAAUUUUCUUCCCCUGGCGAGAUGCAGACGGGGGAACGCACCCAAAAAAACCUCCUGAAGAUUCUAAUCACUAAUUUUACCUCCUUCAAAAAUCUAGAGUUUCAGAAUAUGGAAACUAUCGCUUCACUUUUUUUAAACGACCCAAACAGCUGAUGCUUCGGGCGUUUCUUUUCCGGUGCUGAUGUAAAAAAUAAAGAAAAGGCUGCUUUAGGAAAAAGAAAGAGGAACUACUAGAGUGGAUUUUCCAUCUGUGUUAGUAGAGACUUUAAAGAAUAAUGGUUUUAAUUGUUUGGUAGAGUUAGUUGAUUUUUGAAGUCAUUCCAGCCCUGUGCAAUGCGGUUUAAUUUUGACAAGCGACGGACUGACAACACGGAGCGCGAUGGCUUGCAAAGCGGAGUUUCCGACACUCCCGAUACGAGCACGUACCGGAUCAGUGUUCCCGCCAAAACUACACCGUACAGCGCCACGUUUAUUUUAAUUUGUUUGUCUUUUUUUGGAACUGCAUUUCACUCACUGUGUUUUUCUCUGUGAGUCCAAGCCGUGUUAAUAAUGCAAUCUAACAGAUGUAGCAGGUUCUAACCACAGUCAGUCCCCUCGUGUUCGUCCACACCACAGCUAGAUCCGUUAUUGUUUUUAUCUGAGUGCGGCUUCGAUCUCUGUUUUUACCACCUUUGUUUCUUUGUCUGCAUCAUUCUGCAGGAGAUUAAUAGGAACUAUUUUUCCUCAGUUUGAAGUUUUUGAAAUCGGACAUCAACAGAUCUAGUGACCUCAAAGUAUUUAGAUUUGAAAAUUACGACAGGAACAUUUAUGGCAGCUUAUAAGGACCAUUGUGGGUUACACUCAUACAUUUACAAGGACAAAAAAUUACAUACUCCUAUUCAAAUUCAUAAUAACAAAUAAAACAGUUCUCUGGGAUUAAAGUAAAAAGUAAAAGAGUGUGAUGUUUUCAAACGCUGUGUUUCAUUUUAAUCUUGGAGAAAAUGUAAAACUUUAAUCUCUGAGAAUACCCCUUUGUCUUUCAGAAAUGUACCUUGACUACUAUGAAAGAGGGUAAGGGCCACGUGUGGAUUAUUUUUUGGGAUCUGGCCAAUAGUGGAUUAUUUUUUGUGGUUUGGUUCUGAUAUUAAAGUCAGAAUUCUGAGAAAUAAAUUCAGAAUUCUGAGAUUGAGACUCCCAGAACUCAAUAUAAAAAAGUACUUUGUUUAUGAUCUCAAAAAGAUUGGUCCUAAUCCUCUUGUGUUAAUGACACUUUUAAUUUGGUUUGCCUACAAUGGCCCUUAUACAUCGUCGUAAAGAAAUGAUUUAAGGUUACCUAAAAAGAUGCUCCGCUUAAAGAAAAUUGCCAAAUCCACGAAUAUUUGGCUGCCUUUUUUGUCUUCUUCUUCCCAUCUCAUUUUCAUUUUCCUGCUGACCUCCUCUGCCUCGACCUUUUGCCCACCAGCAGAGAGAGAAACGUUUUUUUUUGGGUGAUUUCUUAAUUUAUUGAGUGUCUGUUGAAGAGUGUGUGUCUCCACCCUUUGUUGUUUGAAGCGGUUUUACCUCAAACUUCCAGAGAAAAACAGAACAGAAACUGAUGUGAGCAUAUCUGUAAAGUGAAAACCUCCUGUCACAACUUUAACGUCAUUCCUCCAGAUUCUUCUUCUCUUUACCUCGACCUCGCCCCCCCCCCCCACUCUGAUUUUUUUUUUCUGAGAGAAGGAUGUUUUCUGCGAAAUGCUGCUGUUUUCUUGUUUUAGUUUGUUUUAGUUUCAGGCUCAGGUGUCCCGUUUAUAGACUAUGAAUUGUACAAAGCCACAUAAGGAUGCACCAGUAUUGAUCCUGGUGUUAUUAUCAGUAAAUAACAGUUUUUCAGAUUCUACACUGUCAGCAGAAUAUGUUAAAUUAAUUAUAUCUUAAUAUCUAAUUGAGUUAGAUUUCAAAGUGAACAUACUGGUGGUUUUUACAUUUUUAACCCUUUAACUACAAACUCAACAAAUGGUCCUGAAAGUCAAAUGAAGGUGCAUAUAUGUGAACUGUAAUUUCACAAGUUACCUCGACUACAUGGUUAAAAGAAAUAUUACUGAAAUCUCAAAGUUUCUCACAAUGUCGUUAACCCAAACUAAAAUAAAACUGGAUAAACUUCAAUAAAAUCUGUAUCUCAAAUGAGGGGAAGAAAAAGAAGCAUUUUCCCCCUCAUGAUUACUGAGGUGUAUUUAUACUUCAGAAAAUAAAAUCUGCAGUAUAGUAUCAAUAGUUUUUCCACCCUUCAAAAGUAACAAUAAUCCCUCUAAUUCACACAAGACCGCCACAUGUUUUACUCGUCUGUUCAGCAGUAAUUCAAGGAUCCUUAUAUGUAGAUAAAGCAGGAAAACAUGUAAAACCAUCAGUCUGCUCUUCUGGGUUCUGGUCCCCCUCCCACCGUUCUCGGCCCUUUUCUGACUGCAGGAACUUGUCCACGAACCUUUUUUGUUGUUGUAAGGAACUCAGGAACACUCUGCCACCUCACAGUUUGUCCUGUCACAUUUAUAUUUCAAUUUAAAGCUCCUGAAAAGUCUGAGGGACUCUCCAGGUUUAGUUCCUGUUCCUCAGUUUCUGGGUUUUUGAAAGCUUUUUUUUAUUCGUCAUCUCCUUAACCUCCAGCAGGCGGCGGGGGCCCCGUCGGCCCCUCAGUCUCCUCCUCUCCAGGAUCACAGCUCCUCCCCUGACUUGUAUAUCUGCAUGUGUAUAUUUAUUAUCCCAUGGAGAGUUUUUGGGUUUGAAUGCUGUGCAAUUGAUUUGAUGACGAAACGUACAUUUUGUGGUAUUUUCUUUUCUUUUUUUGUAUUUAAUUCAUCUUUAGGAAGUGAUUUUUAUUAGAAGUUUUGUUUGUUGUGAUCUGAUUAGGUUUUUUACAAAAGCCGAACGUUGAGAAAAUGUUUUGAUAAUUGUUCCCUAAAUAAAUUUGAAAACGCGAGUUACCCUCAGCAUUAAAACGAUUAUUCUUUCAGGUUUUAAGUAGCAACGUUUCAGUGUGAUAAACAUAGAUUUUGCUUUCAAAAUAAAAGUAUUAGUCGAGAGCCAACAGAAUAAUUUGAGUCUUCAAACUACCACCCAAUUCCCACAGAAAACUGAUGUUUCCUGAAGUUAUCUUCUCUAAACUUUCCCACUCAAUAUAAGUCUUUAAAUUGCCUUAUUUUGUCAGAUAAACUCAAAGAAAAUUAAUUUCAUAAAGACUUAAAACAAACUGAAAAACAUUUAAAAGAUAAUCUAAACUUUUUGUAAAUGAUCAGAACAUUAUUUCCGUUUAGGUUCCCUGAAGUGUCGUCUUUAAUGACUUUCGGUGUUUUGUUGAUUUUAAAAAUGAUGCCAUCAUGUUUCUUAUCAUUUCUACGAGACAUUUUCUCUAAAACAUCUGUAAAAAAAAGGGUCAGAUUGACCCAAAGAUAAUUUACUUUCUAGUGAUUUAAAACCCAUUGCAGAAGCUGGAACAUUUGACAUUUUUCUCUCUUACUUAAUAUUUUGUUGAUCUGAAAAUAAUUUCAACAUCAAAAUUCAUUAAGAUUAUGUUGUAAAUGCACAUCAUAAAUAAAUUGAGGGAACCCUUUAAUUUCAAGCUCACAUUUUCUAUUUAGGGAACAAUAGAUCAAAGUUUUUUCCCUCUUGGACUUUUCUUAUUUUACUUUUGUUUGUUUCUGUUGUGUUUAGAGGACGUUUUAUAAACAGACGCCCUCCUGCACACUGUUCACAGAUCAGAGACGGACAGCUGGCUCGUCAUCUUUAGAAAUUAGACUUGUUUUUCUUCUAUGAAAAGAAACUUGAUGUUUUUAUUAUUAUAAAUAUGAAACUGAUGUUUUAAACUGAUGUUUUUUGUCCUUGUUUUAGCAAAAAAAACUGUUUUUUUGUUUGUUUUUUGACUUGUUCCCAACAAAAAUACUUGAAUUUCUUAAAAAAAAAAAAUGUUUAGAGUUAAAGUAGUGAAUGAUAAAUAAAUAAAUGGACACUGGAUAAUAUUC